AUGCGCCUAACCCGCCCUUCAGCCCUUGCAGGCAGUUCUUCCAUCUCUUGCCAGCGGCUCUACUCUUCUUCUCGAAUAAUACGACAAAACGACGUCCUGUUUCUGCGACAAAAGGGUACUAAGGGUCCUAAAUGGCGUCUUACAUCCCCUCUUCGCCCUGAUGCUCGUAUACGUCUUGGAUAUGGCGCAACCAUCAACGCGUCCGAUCUUAUCGGUCGUCGUGUGCUUGAUAGUGUAGUUGACAGUUCUGACCGAAAGGUCGAUAUCCAUGAACCGACCAUGGGUGCCUACAUCCUUAACAGCGAACGACAUGCUACACCGAUCUACCCCCACCACGCAAGCUUCAUUGUAUCACUGCUCGACCUCAACCUGUCUCAACCUAGCGAAGAAGAUUACGACACAGAAACCAACAAGCCGCUUCCAUCGCUCGAGAUAUUUGAAGCCGGUACAGGAAUGGGAAGCUUGACAUUGCACCUGGCUCGUGCCCUCAAUGCAGCCAACCCUGCUGUACCUUCUGUGUUACGAGAUGCUCUCUGCACUGCACGCUACAAAUCUGAAGAUCACAGCCUUGAGCUAUCAGACGAAGUUCAAACCGCCUUCGAUGCCUAUCGCUCAAAUCGCCGUGCCGUUCUUCACACUCUUGAUCAAAAUGCCAAACACUCGAAUGCUGCAAACAAGCUAGUACGGCAAUUCCGUCGCUCCCUAUUCUAUCCCACCGUGGACUUUCAUGUCGGCUCUAUCAGCGACUACAUUGCUUCCCGUCUUGCCGAAACAGACGAACAGCCUAUAUUCUCUCAUGCAAUUCUUGACCUUCCCUCAGUCGAGGAUUACGCAUCACCUGUCAUCCAGGCUCUUCAUCCCAACGGUCUGCUUGUCGUCUUUUCGCCUUCCAUUAGCCAGAUCGCCCGGUUCCAAACAUGGAUCUCGCAAACGAAACAGCCUUUGCGUCAGGAGAGGGUUAUUGAACUCGACGUAUCGACGACAGCGGACGGUGUGCUUGAUACCGGAGGCGGUAAAGAAUGGGAUGUCAAAACUGUUGUUCCAAGAGCAGACCCCGAAGCAGUUCCUGUUCAGGUAAUGCGGCCCAAGGUUGGUGAUCGCCUCUCCGGCGGUGGGUUUGUAGGUGUUUACAGACGGUGGCCCAAUGACCAAGCGCCCGCUCAAUCUGAGCCUGUUCGUGAAGAGAAUGUAUCUGAUACUGAAGAAACAAUUGAGUCUGUCGAGGCAAUUGAGUCUGUCGAGAUAGAGUCGACAAAGACCGAAUAA